GAUGAAGGUGUUUUGAUUGGUGUUUGGUGUUGUGUGUGGUUUAUUGGAUCAUUUGUUAACACACGACUAACAUUGUGUAUCUGAACAUGUGUAUCUCAUGAUCUGUUUCUCUCAGGAUCCGUUCAGCUGAAUUAUUGAGUUUGUUUGUCAUUUCUAUUCAGAGUCAGUGCUGGAGAUCAGAUUCUGUUUCAUCAUGGAGGACACACAAACAUCCACAGAUCAAGAGUUUUCUCCAGGAUACAGUUCAGUUGAUCAGAAGAGAUCAGAAGCAGAGUCCAGCUGUGUGUCUGUGAGGAGUCAUUGGUCUAUGGGACAACCAAUACUGUUUAAGAGUAGAGAUACAAAGACUGAUCUCAGUUCAGUUGAUCAGAAGAGAUCAGAAGCAGAGUCCAGCUGUGUGUCUGUGAGGAGUGAUGGGUCUAUGGAUCAGUCAUUAGAUUAUAAGAGUGAAGAUACAAAGACUGAUCUCAGGCAUGAAGUCCUCAACAGGUUUAGAUCAAAUCUGCUGAAGAAGUUUGAGCGUCUGUAUGAGGGAACAGCGACGCAGAGAAACCCAACACUCCUGAAUGAGAUCUACACAGAGCUCUACAUCACAGAGAGUGAGAGUGGAGAGAUCAGUAAUGAACAUGAGGUGAGACAGAUUGAGACACAAUCCAGGAGAGCAGCAACAGAGGACACAGCCAUCAAAUGCAGUGACAUCUUUAGACCUUUACCUGGAAAAGACAAAGCCAUUAGAACUGUGCUGACAAAGGGAGUCGCUGGCAUUGGAAAAACAGUCUCUGUGCAGAAGUUGAUCCUGGACUGGGCUGAAGGGAAAGAGAAUCAGGACGUCCAGCUCAUAUUUCCACUUCCUUUCAGAGAAAUCAACCUGAUGAAGGACAAAACACUCAGUCUUACAGAUCUUCUUCAUGUCUUUUUCCCUGAAACUAAAGAAAUGGAAAAAUCCAGUAAUGAAUGUAAAGUGUUGUUCAUCUUUGAUGGUCUGGAUGAGUGUCGUCUGUCUCUGGACUUUAAGAGUGAAGUGAAACUGUGUAAUAUAUCUGAAUCAGCCACAGUGGACGAGCUGCUGAUGAACCUCAUUGUGGGGAAUCUGCUUCCCUCUGCUCUCAUCUGGAUCACCUCCAGACCAGCAGCAGCUGAUCUCGUCCCCUCUGAGUGUGUCCAUCGAGUGACAGAGGUACGAGGCUUCAAUGAGCCACAGAAGGAGGAAUACUUCAGGAAGAGAAUCAGUGAUCAGAGUCUGGCCGACAGGAUCAUCUCACACCUGAAGUCAUCAAGGAGCCUCUACAUCAUGUGCCACAUCCCAGUCUUCUGCUGGAUCUCAGCCGCUGUUCUGGAGAAGAUGUUGAGUCGAGGUAAGAGAGGAGAGAUUCCCAAGACUCUCACUCAGAUGUACACACACUUCCUGAUCCUUCAGACCAACAUCAAACAUGAGAAGGACUAUGAGAAGAAGGUGACAGAUGAAGACAUGAUCCUCAAACUGGGGAAAGUGGCUUUUCAGCAGCUUGUGAAAGGAAACCUGAUCUUCUAUGAGGAAGACCUGAGAGAGUGUGGCAUUGAUGUGACAGAAGCAUCAGUGUACUCAGGAUUGUGCACUCAGAUCUUCAGAGAGGAGUUGGGCUUGUAUCAGGGGAAAGUCUUCUGCUUUGUUCAUCUGAGCAUUCAGGAACAUCUAGCAGCUCUAUAUGUUCACCUCUCCUGGACAAACCACACAAACAAAAAUGUGUUUGAGCCAAUCACCAAACAUAAAUUAAGGUCUAAAGUGAAGGACCGGUUUCAGCUCAGUUCAUCAGAACAUGUUUCAUUAUCUGAACUUCAUCAGAGAGCUGUGGAUGAGACUCUUGAGAGUAAAAAUGGACAUCUGGAUCUUUUCCUGCGGUUCCUUCUGGGUUUGUCAGUGGAGUCUCAUCAGAUUCUCCUACAACAAAUAAUGACACUGAAAAGAAGCAGCUCUGACAGCAAUGAGAAAACAGUUGAGUACAUCAAGAAGAAGAUCAGGACCAUUGACUCUCCAGAGAAAUCCAUCAAUCUGUUCCACUGUCUGAAUGAACUGGGUGAUCAUUCACUAGUGAAGGAAAUACAACAGUAUCUGACAUCUGGAAGAAUAAAGGAAACCAAACUCUCCUCAUCUCAGUGGUCAGCUGUAGCUUUUGUGUUGUUGACAUCAGAAGAGGAACUGAAUGAGUUUCGUCUUGAUAAAUUUGUUAAAGGAAAGAAUAAUCCUGAAAAUAUGAAAGUUCUUCAGAAGCUGCUGCCUGUGAUUAAAGAAUCCAGAUCAGUUCAGUUGAGUUAUUGUGACGUCACAGAUAAAGGUUGUUCUGCUCUGACUUCAGCUCUGAGAUCAAACCCCUCACACCUGAGAGAACUGAAUCUGUCUGGGAAUAAAAUAAGAGAUUUGGGAGUGAAGCAUCUCUGUGCUGGACUGGAGGAUCCUCACUGUAAACUGGAGAAACUGUGGUUGAGACAUUGUGGCAUCACAGAUGAAGGUUGUUCUGCUCUGACUUCAGCUCUGAGAUCAAACCCCUCACACCUGAGACAACUGGAUCUGUCUCUGAAUAAAAUAAGAGAUUCAGGAGUGAAGUGUCUCUGUGCUGGACUGGAGGAUCCUCACUGUAAACUGGAGACACUGUGGUUGAGAUAUUGUGACGUCACAGAUGAAGGUUGUUCUGCUCUGACUUCAGCUCUGAGAUCAAACCCCUCACACCUGAGAGAACUGGAUCUGUCUAGGAAUAAAAUAAGAGAUUUGGGAGUGAAGCAUCUCUGUGCUGUACUGGAGGAUCCUCGCUGUAAACUGAAGAAACUGUGGUUGUGGGAUUGUGGUGUCACAGAUGAAGGUUGUUCUGCUCUGACUUCAGCUCUGAGAUCAAACCCCUCACACCUGAGAGAACUGGAUCUGUCUGGGAAUAAAAUAAGAGAUUUGGGAGUGAAGCAUCUCUGUGCUGGACUGGAGGAUCCUCGCUGUAAACUGGAGAAACUGUGGUUGAGAGAUUGUGACGUCUCAGAUGAAGGUUGUUCUGCUCUGACUUCAGCUCUGAGAUCAAACCCCUCACACCUGAGAGAACUGAAUCUGUAUCUGAAUAAAAUAAGAGAUUUGGGAGUGAAGCGUCUCUGUGCUGGACUGGAGGAUCCUCGCUGUAAACUGGAGAAACUGUGGUUGAGACAUUGUGACGUCUCAGAUGAAGGUUGUUCUGCUCUGACUUCAGCUCUGAGAUCAAACCCCUCACACCUGAGAGAACUGGAUCUGUCUGUGAAUAAAAUAAGAGAUUGGGGAGUGAAGCAUCUCUGUGCUGGACUGGAGGAUCCUCGCUGUAAACUGGAGAAACUGGAGUUGAGAUAUUGUGACGUCACAGAUGAAGGUUGUUCUGCUCUGGCUUCAGCUCUGAGAUCAAACCCCUCACACCUGAGAGAACUGGAUCUGUCUUGGAAUAAAAUAAGAGAUUUGGGAGUGAAGCGUCUCUGUGCUGUGCUGGAGGAUCCUCGCUGUAAACUGGAGAAACUGGGGUUGAGUUAUUGUGACGUCACAGAUGAAGGUUGUUCUGCUCUGACUUCAGCUCUGAGAUCAAACCCCUCACACCUGAGAGAACUGAAUCUGUCAGGGAAUAAAAUAAGAGAUUUGGGAGUGAAGCGUCUCUGUGCUGGACUGGAGGAUCCUCGCUGUAAAAUGGAGAAACUGUGGUUGAGAGGUUGUGACGUCACAGAUGAAGGUUGUUCUGCUCUGGCUUCAGCUCUGAGAUCAAACCCCUCACACCUGAGAGAACUGGAUCUGUCUGUGAAUAAAAUAAGAGAUUUGGGAGUGAAGCGACUCUGUGCUGGACUGGAGGAUCCUCGCUGUAAACUGGAGAAACUGGGGUUGAGAUAUUGUGACGUCACAGAUGAAGGUUGUUCUGCUCUGACUUCAGCUCUGAGAUCAAACCCCUCACACCUGAGAGAACUGAAUCUGUCUUGGAAUAAAAUAAGAGAUUUGGGAGUGAAGUGUCUCUGUGCUGGACUGGAGGAUCCUCGCUGUAAACUGGAGAAACUGUGGUUGAGAGAUUGUGGCGUCACAGAUGAAGGUUGUUCUGCUCUGACUUCAGCUCUGAGAUCAAACCCCUCACACCUGAGAGAACUGGAUCUGACUGGGAAUAAAAUAAGAGAUUUGGGAGUGAAGCGUCUCUGUGCUGGACUGGAGGAUCCUCGCUGUAAACUGGAGAAACUGGGGUUGAGAGAUUGUGGUGUCACAGAUGAAGGUUGUUCUGCUCUGACUUCAGCUCUGAGAUCAAACCCCUCACACCUGAGAGAUCUGAAUCUGUCUGUGAAUAAAAUAAGUGAUUCAGGAGUGAAGCGUCUCUGUGCUGGACUGGAGGAUCCUCACUGUAAACUGGAGAAACUGGGGUUGUGGGAUUGUGGCGUCACAGAUGAAGGUUGUUCUGCUCUGACUUCAGCUCUGAGAUCAAACCCCUCACAUCUGAGAGAACUGGAUCUGUCUGAGAAUAAAAUAAGAGAUUUGGGAGUGAAGUGUCUCUGUGCUGGACUGGAGGAUCCUCGCUGUAAACUGGAGACACUGUGGUUGAGAGAUUGUGACGUCACAGAUGAAGGUUGUUCUGCUCUGACUUCAGCUCUGAGAUCAAACCCCUCACACCUGAGAGAACUGAAUCUGUCUGAGAAUAAAAUAAGAGAUUUGGGAGUGAAGCGUCUCUGUGCUGGACUGGAGGAUCCUCACUGUAAACUGGAGAAACUGUGGUUGAGAGAUUGUGACGUCACAGAUGAAGGUUGUUCUGCUCUGACUUCAGCUCUGAGAUCAAACCCCUCACACCUGAGAGAUCUGAAUCUAUCUGAGAAUAAAAUAAGCGAUUCAGGAGUGAAGAGUCUCUGUGCUGGACUGGAGGAUCCUUGCUGUAAACUGGAGAUACUGCGGUUGAGAGAUUGUGGCGUCACAGAUGAAGGUUGUUCUGCUCUGACGUCAGCUCUGAGAUCAAACCCCUCACACCUGAGAGAACUGGAUCUGUCUGGGAAUAAAAUAAGAGAUUUGGCUUUGAAGUGUCUCUGUGCUGGACUGGAGGAUCCUCAACUGGAGAAACUGUGGUUGAGAGAUUGUGACGUCACAGAUGAAGGUUGUUCUGCUCUGGCUUCAGCUCUGAGAUCAAACCCCUCACACCUGAGACAGCUGAGUCUGUCUGGGAAUAAAAUAAGAGAUUCUGGAGUGGAGCAUCUCUGUGCUGUACUGGAGGAUCCUCACUGUAAACUGGAGAUAUUGUGGUUGAGAGAUUGUGGCGUCACAGAUGAAGGUUGUUCUGCUCUGACUUCAGCUCUGAGAUCAAACCCCUCACACCUGAGAGAACUGGAUCUGACUCUGAAUAAAAUAAGAGAUUUGGGAGUGAAGCGUCUCUGUGCUGUGCUGGAGGAUCCUCACUGUAAACUGGAGAAACUGCGGUUGAGAGAUUGUGGCGUCACAGAUGAAGGUUGUUCUGCUCUGACUUCAGUUCUGAGAUCAAACCCCUCACACCUGAGAGAACUGGAUCUGUCUGGGAAUAAAAUAAGAGAUUCAGGAGUGAAGCGUCUCUCUGCUGGACUGAAGGAUCCUCAAUGUAAACUGGAGACACUGUGGUUGAGAGAUUGUGACGUCACAGAUGAAGGUUGUUCUGCUCUGACUUCAGCUCUGAGAUCAAACCCCUCACACCUGAGAGAACUGGAUCUGUCUUGGAAUAAAAUAAGAGAUUCAGGAGUGAAGCGUCUCUGUGCUGUACUGGAGGAUCCUCACUGUAAACUGGAGAUAUUGUGGUUGAGUUAUUGUGGCGUCACAGAUGAAGGUUGUUCUGCUCUGACUUCAGCUCUGAGAUCAAACCCCUCACACCUGAGAGAACUGGAUCUGUCUGAGAAUAAAAUAAGAGAUUUGGGUGUGAAGAGUCUCUGUGCUGGACUGGAGGAUCCUCGCUGUAAACUGGAGAAACUGUGGUUGAGAGAUUGUGACGUCACAGAUGAAGGUUGUUCUGCUCUGACUUCAGCUCUGAGAUCAAACUCCUCACACCUGAGAGAACUGGAUCUGUCUUGGAAUAAAAUAAGAGAUUUGGGAGUGAAGUGUCUCUGUGCUGGACUGGAGGAUCCUCGCUGUAAACUGGAGAAACUGGGGUUGAGUGAUUGUGGCGUCACAGAUGAAGGUUGUUCUGCUCUGGCUUCAGCUCUGAGAUCAAACCCCUCACACCUGAGAGAACUGGAUCUGUCUUGGAAUAAAAUAAGAGAUUUGGGAGUGAAGCGUCUCUGUGCUGGACUGGAGGAUCCUCGCUGUAAACUGGAGAAACUGGGGUUGAGUUAUUGUGACGUCACAGAUGAAGGUUGUUCUGCUCUGACUUCAGCUCUGAGAUCAAACCCCUCACACCUGAGAGAACUGGAUCUGAUUGGGAAUAAUCUACGAAAAUCAGGAGUGAAGUUACUCUCUGAUCUGAAAGAUGAUCCCCGUUAUAAACUGGAGAGAUUAUACUACUGACUCUCUGUAUUAAGACGUCAGUUCAGUUUCCUCAGGAUCAGAUGAUGGUGAAUAAGAGCCGCUACAGGAAUCAGUGAUGUGAAGUUAAAUGAAUGCAUGGAAGUGUAAUGUGUGGAGCAGUGUUGAUGAACAGAAGAAACAAGCUUCAAGGAAACUAAACUAAUUCAUCAAAAUAAGUUUUUAUCCAAACGACAUUAAGAAAAUAGUUGAUUUGUUUAUACAGCACUGAAAACCAAGUAAAUCAAUGUGAUAUUUUCAGUGAUGGGGUUAUAUCCUGAGCUGUCCAGAUUUAAUAUAGAUCAUCAUAACUGUGUAUCCUGAAAUUCAGAAAUAGACAUCUUAUCACUUGUAC